AGGGGAGGGGGGCGACCCCCCGUGCUACGAACUGCUACGCGGCUACGAACCCGCUACGAGCGCCAAGCCCAAGCCAGACGACUCUCGGUGCUCGACAGUGUUUGUUUGUGCCAUUUUUUGCUAAGUAAAUAAUUUAUUCAGCAGCCAUGGCAGAGGAGGCGGUGAAGCUCUACCCCAACUGUGACCCCACGGUGUGGCUGCGGUCCUGCGAAGAGGAGGUCAACGACCCUGUCGAGGGUACCGUCACAGGAGAGAUCCCCGCGUGGCUGAACGGGUGCCUGAUCCGCAACGGGCCGGGCUCGCUCAAGGUCGGAGACAUGACCUUCAGGCAUCUCUUCGACAGCGCCGCCCUGCUGCACAGGUUCAGCGUGUCGGGCGGCGGCUGCUCGUACCAGUGCCGCUUCCUGCGCUCGCGCACGUUCCAGCGCAACCGCGCCGCCGCGCGCAUCGUCGUCACCGAGUUCGGCACGCGCGCCGCGCCCGACCCCUGCCACACCAUCUUUGACAGGGUCUCAGCACUGUUCCGGCCUGGUGAAUCCAUGUCAGACAACGCCAUGAUCUCCGUGUACCCAUUCGGAGAUGAGCUGUAUGCAUUCACCGAAGGACCAGUCAUUCACAGGAUUGAUCCAGUGACCCUGGACACGUGUGAGAGGAAGAAUCUGAUGGAAAGCAAUGUGGCUCUCGUCAACCACACAUCCCAUCCUCACGUCAUGCCAAAUGGUGAUGUCUUCAACGUGGGCAUGUCCGUCGUAAGGGGAAGAAUACGGCAUGUUGUGGUUAAGUUUCCUUUCGUCGAAAAAGGAGAUAUGUUUGAGAAUGCACAAAUAGUUGGCAGUAUAAAACCACGCUGGGCCCUUCAUCCAGCCUACAUGCACACUUUUGGAGUGACCGCCAACUACUUCGUGAUAGUGGAGCAGCCUCUGACAGUGUCGCUGUGCGCCCUGGUGCGCAACCAGCUGCAGGACAAGCCGCUCGCCUCCAGCCUCAAGUGGUUCGCUGAUCAGGAGACGCACAUAGUUCUCAUCAGCCGCGCGGACGGCACGGAGCACAAGCGUUACCGCACGGAGAGCCUGUUCUUCCUACACAUCGUGAACGCGUACGAGCUGGGCGACGAGCUGGUGCUGGACCUGUGCACCUACCGCGACCCGCAGGUGCUCAACGCCAUGUAUGUGGAUGCUAUGGAGAACAUGCAGAGCAACGCAGACUACGCGGAGUGGUUCCGCGGACGGCCCAAGCGGCUGCGGCUGCCGCUGCAGGCGCCGCGCCUGGCGCCCGUCGCCGCCACGCUGCUGGCCGACGUCGGCUGCGAGACGCCCACCAUACACUACGCAAUGUGCAAUGGACGACCCUACCGCUAUUUCUACGCAAUCAGCUCCGAUGUGGAUGCGGAAAAUCCGGGAACCCUGAUAAAAGUGGACACUAAAACUGGGGAGAUGAAGACUUGGUGCGAAAAGAACUGCUACCCCAGUGAGCCCGUGUUUGUGCCUGCCCCCGGUGGCACGGAAGAAGACAGCGGCGUCCUCCUCUGCGCGCUGGUGUGGGGCGGCGCGCGCGACCGCGAGACCGGGCUGCUGGUGCUGAGCGCCGCCUCCAUGGAGGAGCUGGGCCGGGCCGUCUUCGCCACGCCCUCGCCCGCGCCCAAGUGCCUCCACGGCUGGUUCCUGCCGCAGCAUACUUAGAGUGUAGUGGGAUUAAAGGAUUUGAUUUGUUAAGGCCAAUCCAGGUUCUGGAUUGUAGGAUGCGUUGAGGCUGGUGAGAGGCAGUAGAAAAUGGUAUGUCUGUUUAGAAAUAGUGGUUCAGCAUCGAAUUAACGCGUUUUUCGUAAGUUUGUACCUAGGUAAAAAAAUGGCAAGAAUGAGCCGAUCAAGUUUUUUCAGUUAGAAAAUUAUAUAUUAGUUAGACUAGUUAGUUAUACCAACCUAUCUAAAAUAAUACAAUAUUUAUAUUAGGUAUUAUGUAUUAAUCAUGUGAAUAGCAGAUCGGAGAUAGUUAUAACUAAGUAGGUUUUUAUUUUUAGAAAGUAAGAAUUUGUCGCACUUGAUCACCAAAAUAACGUAAGAAGGUUAGGGUAGGGUACCUACCUACCUUACCUUCAAUUUU